AUGGGACGUCUCGUCACCCUCGCAACAUGCUCCCUCAACCAGUGGGCUCUCGACUGGGAGGGAAAUGCAGAGCGGAUUAUUGAGAGUAUUCGACAGGCCAAAGCUGCUGGAGCUACUCUUCGAGUCGGUCCCGAACUCGAGAUCAGCGGAUAUGGAGCUCUCGAUGGAUUUAUGGAGGGAGAUACAUUUCUCCAUUCAUGGGAAAUGCUAGCCCGUAUCAUCGACCACCCCGACUGCCAGGACAUCGUUGUCGAUGUGGGUAUGCCGGUUCGUCACAGAAAUGUGCGAUACAACUGCCGAGUCAUUUUCUAUAACCGGAACAUCAUUUUGAUUAGGCCCAAGAUGUGGCUGGCUAAUGAUGGGAAUUACCGAGAAAUGCGGCAUUUUACCCCGUGGCAAAGACCCCAGGAAGUCGAAGACUAUUAUCUAGAGUCAAUUGUUGGCAAGAUAACAGGGCAAUACAAGGUUCCUUUCGGCGAUGCGGUUAUCAGCACGAGAGAUACAUGCUUGGGAUUGGAGACCUGCGAAGAAUUGUUCACUCCGAAUGGUCCCCAUAUUCCAUACGGUCUUGCAGGUGUCGAAAUCAUUUCCAACUCGUCUGGAAGUCACCACGAGCUAAAGAAGCUCGAUACCCGGAUAAAUCUCAUCACUCAAGCUACGAAAUUGAGUGGCGGUAUCUACCUGUAUGCCAACCAGCAAGGGUGCGACGGAGAUAGACUUUACUACGAUGGAUGCGCGAUGAUAGUUAUCAAUGGGAGCAUUGUGGCUCAAGGCUCACAGUUCUCUCUGAAUGACGUUGAAGUGGUCACGGCAACUGUGGAUAUCGAAGAAGUGCGAACAUACCGCAGCACAGCGAGCAGAAAUAUGCAGGCUAGCAAACAGACCCCCUUUGUCCGCCUUGAUCUUGACAUGCGUUUAUCUCGGACCGAUGAAGAUGCUGAUCCUGGCCUUGCGCCCUCUGAUGCACUCGAGCCGCGCUAUCACGCGCCAGAGGAAGAAAUCGCCUUGGGUCCUGCAUGCUGGCUCUGGGAUUAUCUCCGAAGAAGCGGCGCUGCCGGAUUCUUCCUUCCUCUAAGUGGUGGAAUCGAUAGUUGCGCUACUGCAGUCAUUGUCCACUCAAUGUGUCGAGAGGUCAUCAAAGCUGUCUCGGAAGGGAAUGAGCAAGUCAUCAAAGAUGUUCGACGACUAUGCGCGGAACCUGCCGACUCGACCUGGAUCCCAACCACGAGCCAGGAAGUUUGCAAUCGCAUAUUCCACACCAGCUUCAUGGGCACCCAGAACUCGAGCAAAGAAACAAGAGACCGGGCGAAAGAGCUUGCUGUCGAGAUCGGGUCGUACCACAUCGACUUUAAUUUUGAUACUGUCGUGACUGCUCUUACGAACCUGUUUACUGUCGUAACCAACUUCCAACCAAAGUUCAAGGUCCACGGUGGUAGUCGGGCAGAGAACCAGGCACUGCAGAACAUUCAGGCUCGUCUGAGAAUGGUACUAUCUUACCUAUUCGCGUCACUGCUACCCACAGUUCGCCAGCGCCCUGGUGGAGGUGGACUCCUUGUUCUGGCAUCGUCCAAUGUUGAUGAAUGGUACGCUCCCCGGUCCACUCUACACACCUAG